AAAACCCAGAUUGCCCUCGAAUACGUUUAUCAGCGCGCAAGCGAGAUCGAUUGUGAUGUUUUCUGGGUGCAAGGGAGUGGGGUAUUAAAAUUUAUUGAGGGUCUCAGAGAUAUUGCACGGCAUGUCCGAAUUCCGCUAGCCAGCGCCGAGACGGAGCAAGGGCAAUUCCUGGCGAGUAUAAAGAGGUGGUUUGAAGGUCCCGAUAGUGGUGAUUGGGUACUGGUUAUCGACAACGCCGACAAUGAGGAGGACUUUGUAGGCAACAGCGGUCCCAUCUCCAAAUAUUUACCGCAAGGCCAAAGGGGUACCCUAAUAUUCACCACUAGAUCUCUCCAGGUUGUAUCAUGGCAGGACUGCGAAACGAUAGAGGUCGGAAAAAUGGAGGAGGAUGAAGCGCAAGCGUUGUUUUCGAAGCGCUUUUGUAGCUGGAAUAGUCUCGGAGAUGAGGAAAAAGAGGUUGUCAAAAGGAUACUGGACUCCGUACAUCACGUCCCGCUGGCUAUCGUGGGUGCGGCAGCGUUCAUGACCGAGACCCGGACACCACCGUCCACUUACUGGACUAUUUUUCGGGGAAGCGACGAACAAGCCAAGAGACUGCUUUCCCAGCCAUUUUGUGAUAUCCAACGUGAGGCUGAUAUGACGGAAAGCAUCCUAGCUACGUACUUUGUCACCUUUAAUCGGAUCGCGCACCAGAUACCCCUAGCCGCCAAUCUCCUGCGUCUAAUUGCCUUCCUCGAUCGUCAGAACAUACCCGAGGAGCUAUUGUGUCUAUGUGGUUUGGUCGGGAUGGACGAUCCAAUCGAGUUUCGUCGCGCCGUCGGAAAGCUGUUGGGGUUUUCGCUAGUUACGGGCGUCAAAUGCGAGAAUCGGACAUUUUACGAGCUUCAUCGUCUGGUACAACUGUCUUUACAACUGUACAUACCGGCGGAGGAGUUGAAUCGAUGGAAGGGCACUGCGCUGAGACUUGUUUCAGGGUUGUUUCCUCGCAAUUGGAAGGAGCAGAGAUCAACCGGUUCGACAUACAUUCCACAUGCACUU